AUGUUAACUGCUUUCUCCACAUUGUAUCAAUAUGACAUCUUUGUGAAAAUACUGUUGUAUUUGGAAGAGCCUACAUAUAACACAUGGAAUGAGAGUAGAAAAUCAUUUGAACGACGCAAACGAGGAGAGCGAGUCAAAGGGCAACCUGGCAUAUUCAAAGAAACUACGAUAGGCAGACUGUACACCAUGCAUCCCAAUCAAGAUGAAUGUUUCUUUCUUCGCGUGUUGUUGAAUCCUGAUUUGUUACCCAACAACACUUUAGGAUCCAAGAUUUAUGACAAUGCUUACAAUUCAUGGAGAACUACUUGGAUCACGUUAGAUCUUCUGUUUCUCAGACAAGGGGCUCCAUUCAAUUAUUACUGUAUCACUAAAGAGGAAGUCAUUGGGGAACACACUUUAGAAAAUUCUAUUCACAUGACCAACAUCUUCAGUCCUUACAAAGUACCACAGCAUGUCCUUGCCUUUGUGUUUGCCAUUAAAGAAGUCAACAAGAAUCCUGAUCUGUUGCCCAACAACACUUUAGGGUCCAAGAUUUAUGACAAUGCUUACAAUCCAUGGAGAACUACUUGGACUACUUUGGAUCUUCUGUUUCUCAGACAAGGGGCUCCAUUCAAUUAUUACCAUGAAGAGAAAGUCAUGGCCACCAUUGGGGGACUCACCUUAGAAAAUUCUAUUCACAUGGCCAACAUCUUCAGUCCUUACAAAGUACCACAGCUUAAUUCAUUUUUGAGAUAUGUCCACUUUAACAAUAACGUUGGAGAUGAAAUAUUUCUCAAUGAAGAUAGGGACUUGGCAACAGGCUAUGACCUGAUCAAUUUUGUGACAUUCCCGAAUGAAUCCUUCCAGAGAGUCCAAGUUGGAAGAAUCGACCCUAAUGUUCGAUUUGGAAAAGAAUUCAUUAUUAAUGCAAAUGCAGAUGAAUGUGAGCCAUGCCUAGAAGAUCUGUAUCCUAACACAAACCAGCAGGAAUGCAUUCCCAAAGUAAUGACUUACCUGUCCUAUAAAGAAGGCCUGGGAGCAGCUCUGACAUCUUUGGCACUUUUUCUUUCUCUCACCACGCUCAUUGUGAUAGCAAUCUUCAGGUUGCAUUCAAACACUCCUAUUGUGAAAGCCAACAACUGGAGCAUCACAUGUAUCCUGCUCGCCUCUCUGCUCCUAUGUUUUCUCUGCUCCUUCUUCUUCAUUGGAAGACCUAGCAAGGGGACUUGCCUUUUAAGGCAGGCUGUGUUUGGCAUCACCUUCUCCAUAGCUGUUUCCUGUAUACUAGCCAAAACAAUCACUGUGGUUCUGGCCUUUGUGGCUGCAAAACCAGGGAAUAGGAUGAGGAAAUGGAUGGGAAAGAGGGUAGCAAUCUUGGUCAUUGUGCCUUGUUCUUUGAUUCAGAUUGUCAUCUGUGCUGUUUGGAUAGUGAAGAAGCCCCCUUUCCCAGAAUUAGAGAAGCAUUCCCAAGUGGGUGAGAUCGUAGUGCAAUGCAAUGAAGGUUCAGAGAUCAUGUUUUACAUUGUGCUGGGCUACAUGGGCCUUCUGGCCGUGGUCAGCUUCACCGUGGCUUUCUUUGCCAGGAAUCUGCCUGACAGUUUCAAUGAAGCCAAGUUCAUCACUUUCAGCAUGUUGGUGUUUUGCAGUGUUUGGAUAUCCUUCAUCCCAGCGUACUUGAGCACCAAAGGAAAAUUCAUGGUAGCCGUGGAGGUUUUCUCCAUAUUGGCCUCUGCUUUUGGUUUACUGAGUUGUAUUUUCCUUCCCAAAUGCUACAUUAUUAUAAUGCGGCCUGAAUUAAAUAAGAAGGAGCAAUUGGGUGAAAUCAAUGUGUACAUUGCAUAUGGAGAUAUUCAGUCUCUGGAGGUAGCUUUAUCUUCAAUAAAAUUUUGCUAUAACAAGCCUGUGCGUAACAUCGGAAUGGGAUUUCAUUUUUCUGAACACUGA